AUGCCGAUUGAAUGGGCAACUCAACUCUUAAGGAAGUUCUAUCGUAAGGGACAAAUCGAUGAAUAUCAUUUCGGAAUACUAUGCGAUACGGUGCUGAAAUACCGUGAAAUGAUGCACAACCUGCUCUCGUACGACUGGGUAAACGUACCUUUAGUGUACACACAGGUAGGGCUUAUGUAA